AUGACGGAGCCCAUCACACCCGCCGGCGCUAAGGACGAUGGCAUUUCGAAAUAUAUGAAGCGCAUGAAGACCGUCCUCAGAGGCCCUCGCUCAAAUAGAAAUUCGGUUUCAAGCCUCCCUGACUCCAAGGGCGACUCAGGCGCCGUCAAAGUUGGAACCGCUUCAAAUCCCAGUCCCAAACUCCCGGCACCCGGACCAGCUCAGACACCCAAGAAGGCGGUGUUGCCCCGCGUCCACGAGACAACUGGACGCUGGAGCACAAUGCAGGAAGAGAAAGCUCGUGCGCUGUUUGCAAAGUACGGGUUAACGCUGGAGCCCGGCGAAUGGGUGACUCCACGGUCCGCGCGGGAGGACGUCGAGAGGGUUGAGAAGCCAAUCCGUAUGAGGAUUCGGCGCAUUUGCCAUCGAUGUCACACAACGUUUGGGGCGGACAAAGUGUGCGUGGGCUGCAGUCAUCUCCGCUGCACUAAAUGUCACCGCUACCCGCCUGCUAAACCAAAGCCUGCUCCUGAAGUAAAGGGCGAAGUUCGCAGCACUGAAAGGGCUAUCGAUAUGAUUGAACGGCGACCCAAGAAGCCUGUUUUAACCAUUCGGUCACGAACGGGCGGCCAGGAUCUAGUCCGCAAGCCCAUUCUUCAGCGAGUUCGACGCACUUGCCAUAUGUGCUCGACCAUGUUUGCUGCCAAUGCCACCGAAUGUCGGAACUGCCAUCACAUACGGUGCAAAAAAUGUCCCCGUGAUCCGGCCAAAAAAGAUAAGUAUCCAGAUGGCUAUCCGGGCGAUGCUGAGCCGCCAUUCGAGCCACCGGAGCGUGUAUGGCGAAAACCAAGACGCAGGAUACGAUGGACCUGUGAUUCCUGCUCCUCUCUAUUUGCCUUCGGCGAGAAAGUAUGCUCAAAAUGCCAGCACGAACGUUGCAAGGACUGCAUUCGAGACCCACCCAAGAAAAUUAAACCGGAGCCCGACCCGGAGCUUCUUAGACGAGUGGAGGAAAAAUUGGCCGCGAUGAAUAUGUCCUAG